AUGGAAAGAGGGGAGGAGCUGGAGGAUAUCCAAGCUAGUGAGAAGGGUGGUGGGAGCAGAAGAAGUGUGGAGGUGGAGGAUAGAGGCAGUGUGAAGAUGCAUGGUAAGGGGGUAGCAAGGGAGUUAGAAGAGGGUGAGCAGGGGUGUGUUUCAACUAAGAAACAAGAGGGAAAUCUCAAAGCUCAAAGUGGGACACUGAAGGUUCCUGUGUGGAGGAGGAAGGGACAAGCCAAGGGGAGACUCAAUAGAACUGAUAGUCCAAUGGAGAUUGUUCCAGUUCAGGGGAUUGAUGUAUUAUUAUCGUUUGGAAAAAAAAAAAGCCUCGCUUUCAUCCUACAUUAUAUCAAUUUUCGGCAAAUUCCAACCGUCCGCCGCAAGCUCCGACGAAACCCAGACCAGCGAUGGCGAGCCACCAUCGGCGCAACCAUAACCAACCCGGCCCUCGCAGCGGCUGAGUUUUCUUCCCGAGCGACGACCCUCGCACCUCUCGGCAACCCCUCUUCCAACGUCGACCGUCGGCUGAGAGCGUAUUACCGGUGGACAGAGAAGGCGAGACCCGACCAUUUCCGGCGAGAGCAGCACCAAUCUGGCGAGUUGCAGGCACCCCGAGUUUUUUCCGGCAACGAGCAGCAGCCGCUCGAGGCUCUUAUCGAGCAACCGUCAAUUUUAAUUCCGAGCAGCAGUAGCCCCGAUUGUAAUAUACGACGAGCAGCGGGGACUUUUCUGACGAACAACAGCCCUUUCGGGCCCCGGGCAAGAAGAGAAGCGGGUCGAUCCUUUGCCGAGAGCCCCGAACAGCCUGUUCUCUACGUCCGGUUACCGGGUAACAGCCCGGGACUUGUCGACCGUCUCCAGGGGAUGUUCGUCGAGUGA